ACAGCAGCCAAUGAGAGAUAAGCAGCCGCGGUUCCCGCGCCUGCGCACUAGAAGUAUGCUUAUUUUGUCUACCGUUGGCUUUUAAUGAUUAUUUCCGCGGGUUUUAGUGUUUCAGGGAGAGUGUCAGCCGGCGGUCCAGCCUGAUGGAAAACCCCAGAGACCUGGCGGAGCGUCCGUCCAGGAAGCGCCGCGACUCGUUCGGGAUGCUGGACGGUCUGGAGGAGGAGCGGAGCAGCUGCAGCAGCGAGUCCAGCGGGGGGGGCAGCGCCGCCUCCAGCCCCGAGGACAGCGAGGAGGACGAGAGCCACCCCCCCGCCCCCUCGCUGACCCUCAUCAAGACUAACGGACAGCUGUACACCUACCCCGACGGGAAAGCCGGCAUGGCGACCUGUGAGAUGUGCGGCAUGGUGGGCGUCCGAGACGCGUUCUACAGUAAAACCAAACGUUUCUGCAGCGUCUCCUGCUCCAGAAGUUACUCGUCCAACUCCAAGAAGGCCAGCAUCCUCGCUAGACUGCAGGGGAAGCCUCCCACUAAGAAGGCCAAGGUUCUGCAGAAACAGCCUCUGAUGACCAAACUAGCCGCCUACGCUCAGCACCAAGCCAGCCAGCAGAGCGCCGUCAAGAAGAGCCUUACUGUGGAGGUGUUCGACUGGGGUCGUUACCUUGGAGACGGAGAUGUGGCAGGAGCACCGGUCAGCUGCUUCAAACACGUCCCGAUGGGGAAGUCGUGGGGCGACAUCAGCGAAGGCGUCCGCGUGGAAGUCCCCAACACUGACAGCGCUCUGCCCAUGAAGGUCUACUGGAUCGCUGGCAUCAUCAAACUGGCCGGUUUUAAGGCCUUGAUGCGGUACGAGGGUUUCGACAGCGACUCCACCAGAGAUUUCUGGCUGAACCUGUGUGUGCCGGACAUCCACCCGGUCGGCUGGUGUGCUGCGGGGGGGAAACCUCUGGUCCCCCCUCAGACCAUCCUGCACAGGUUCACCAACUGGAAGACGUUCCUCAUCAAAAGACUGACGGGAUCCAAAACGCUGCCGCCAGACUUCCCCUCCAAGGUGCAGGACAGCAUGCAGGUUCCCUUUAAGAAGCAGAUGCGGGUGGAGGUGGUGGAUAAAACUCACCUGUGUCGGACGCGGGUGGCUCUGGUCGAACAGGUGAUCGGCGGCCGCCUGCGUCUGGUGUACGAGGAGUGCGACGACGGUUCCGAUGACUUCUGGUGUCACAUGUACAGCCCGCUGAUCCACAGCAUCGGCUGGUCUCGCUCCAUCGGACACCGCUUCAAACGAUCCGAUGUGUCCAAGAAGCUGAGCGUGCAGACGGACGCUCCAGGACAGCUGUUUGCCAAGGUGAAGGAGGUGGAUCAGAGCGGCUCGUGGUUUGAAGACGGGAUGAAGCUGGAAGCCAUCGACCCUCUGAACCUGUCGGCCAUCUGCACGGCCACAGUCAGGAAGGUUCUGGCAGACGGGUACCUGAUGAUCGGUAUCGACGGUUCUGAGGCGGCCGACGGUUCGGACUGGUUCUGCUAUCACUCCACCUCUCCCUCCAUCUUCCCCGCCGGCUUCUGCGAGAUCAACGACAUCGAGCUGACGCCCCCCAGAGGUUACAGCAGUCUUCCCUUCAGAUGGUUCGAGUAUCUGAAGGAGAGCCGGUCGGUGGCGGCCCCGGUCAACCUCUUCAACAAGGACGUCCCCGACCACGGUUUCCGCCCCGGCAUGAAGCUGGAGGCCGUGGACCUCAUGGAGCCCCGGCUGGUCUGCGUCGCCACGGUGACCCGCAUCGUCCACCGGUUGCUCCGGAUACACUUUGACGGCUGGGAGGACGAGUACGACCAGUGGGUGGACUGCGAGUCUCCGGACCUUUACCCAGUCGGCUGGUGUCAGCUGACGGGGUACCAGCUGCAGCCUCCGGCCGUCACCGCGGGCUCCAGAGAUUCCCAGUCAGCAUCCAAACAGAGGAAGAAGUCUCAGCAGUACAAGGGACAGAAGAAGAAGAGGAAGUUGCCGGUUGCUAAGCGCCCCAUCAGCCUCUCCGGCGCCGUGGUAACCGGCGUCCCCAGGAGCCUAUCAGGAGACGAGAACGAGACGCCGCCCAAUUACCCAUCACCCCCUUCUGCUGCCUCGGCGGCCCAGCCGGCCUCCGCCGACCCAGACAGCCCCAACACCGAGGGGGGGGCAGGGUCCCUUCAGGUGAAAGAAGAGAGCGUGAACGGAGCGGCGUUUCCCUCUGAACGGACUGAACCUGAAACCAACGGAUCUCCUGGAGAGUUCUUCACCGGCCAGGAGGACCAGUAGGCCUCCCUCAUCCAUCCUCAUCUACUGUGAUUAAACCAGAGUCUUAGUAUUCCUUGGACACUUUAAACAUGCUACACGUUAUAAGCUAACAGAUGCACUUUGCUUCGGUCAAUACCCCUUUUUUUGGGGACAUAUUCACCUCUACUUUCCGGCCGUCCUCCAUAUUAAAGGGUAAUUACGUUUUUUUUCAACCCGGACUUUAUUUUUGCAUGUUUUUCUGUCAAAGUGACUGAUGGAAACAACAGUCUUU